AUGCCUGCCUCCCCUUGCGACAAAGGCGACAUUGCGGUCAACGGGAUGGGUACGACCAAGGGAUCCAAGCUGGGCUUGGUUUCUGGAGUCUACAUCCCCGUCUGCCUCAACAUUAUGAGUAUUCUCAUGUUUUUGCGUUUUGGUCUCAUUCUGGGACAGGUUGGAUUCCUAGGAAUCCUGGCGCUGCUCGUCACUGCUUAUUGUGUCGAUCUCUUGACAACUUUAUCCCUGUCGGCUAUUGCAUCGAACGGCGAAGUCAAGGGUGGUGGCGCGUACUAUUUGAUAUCGAGAUCUCUAGGUCCCGAAUUUGGUGGCUCUAUCGGAACCCUCUUCUUCUUGGCCCAGGCUCUCAAUACUGCCCUCAACAUUGUUGGGUUGCUUGACUGCUUGCAGCUGAAUUUCGGAUCUGCCUUUGCCCAGGGCUAUUGGACCUUGUACGGCUUGCAGACGGCAGCGUUGCUCUUUUGCACCGGCAUGUGCCUUUUGGGCUCGGCUACCUUCUCCAAGGCGUCCAACCUCCUGCUGGCCAUUCUGACCGUAUCCGUGGUUAGUAUUCCGGUGUCUGCCAUUUUCAAGGCGCCCUUUGUCGACCGCAUUUCCGGCGUCACUUUUACCGGCGUCAAUCUGAACAUUUUUGCGAACAACUUGUUCCCCAACUCUGACAAGACGGUGUAUCGUGGUCUUGCAACAUUCCGAGACCUUUUCGGUAUCCUGUUUCCCGCCACGUCGGGCAUUUUUGCUGGCGCAUCCAUGUCGGGAGAUCUUAAAAAUCCCAGCAAGGCAAUCCCCAAGGGAACCCUCUGGGCCAUGCUGACAACCUUCAUCGUGUACUUUCUGGUGGCUCUGUCCAUGGCCUUCACCAUCGAAAGGGAUUCGCUUCUCGCCAAUGCCAAUAUUGUUUCCUUGACCAACCUAUCCAAGGGUAUCAUUCUGGCAGGAGAAUGUGCCGUGACCUUGUUCUCCGCCUUAAUGGGCAUCAUUGGAUCCGCGAAGCUUUUUCAGGCUCUAGCAAGGGACAAGCUUCUCCCGGGUCUUUCCAUCUUGGGUAGGGGUACCAAGAAGAGCGAUGAGCCCAUGUUUGCUAUCCUUCUGACGUAUGCCAUUGCCCAGGUGGCGUUGCUUGCAGACUUGAAUCAGAUAGCAACACUCAUAUCUAUGGGUUACCAGAUGACCUUUUUUGUGAUGAACCUGGCUUGUUUCUUACUCAAGAUUGGCUCAGCACCCAAUUUCCGCCCCAGCUUCAAAUUCUUCAACUGGCAAACGGCAUGCAUCGGAAGCCUACUCUCGGCGUCAGCCAUGUUCUUCAUUGACGAAACUUAUGCAGCGAUUGCUAUUUGCGCCCUGGUCCUCCUUUUCUUAUUGAUACACUACCUCUGUCCCCCCAAACGAUGGGGUGAUGUCUCCCAAAACCUCAUCUAUCAUCAGGUGCGAAAGUAUCUGCUGCGACUGAAACCGGAGCAUAUCAAGUUCUGGCGGCCACACAUUAUUCUUCUCAUAAACGACCCACGUCGUCAGGCUAGACUCAUCCAGUUCUGCAACUCGAUGAAGAAAGGUUCGCUGUACGUUUUGGGCCACGUUAUCGUGACCAGUGAUUUCGACUCGGGCGUUCAUGAAGCCCGGCUGCAACAGCAAGCGUGGUCCAGAUACAUUUCGGAAUUCUCCAGAAUCAAAGCUUUUGUUCAGCUAACCAUGUCGCCUUCAAUUAUUUGGGGAGUUCGAAACCUGAUCUUGGCCGCUGGUCUCGGCGGCAUGCGGCCAAACAUGGCCGUUUUGGGUUUCUACAACAUGGAAGACCUUCGAAGGUCAAAUCCCUCUGUACCCGUCCCGGGCGUUCCAGCCUCCCCAGCAGCUCAAACGAGCCGGAGGACCAGGACGCAGGGCAAGACUCCCAACCGACGUCGCAGAGACACAUCAGCCUUGCUGCUUGAAAGCGUGCUACCGACAGACGCGAUUCGAACCGAGGGCAUGAUGUCACCUACGGAGUACAUGACCAUGCUGGAAGAUCUGGCUCUAAAGUACAGGCUCAACGUAGCUGUGGCGUAUGGGUUCGACAAGCUAGAAACGCCGCGGCAUGAUGAGACCAAGUCGAAAAAAUACAUUGACUUGUGGCCCAUUCAAAUGUCUGCAGAGGUGUCGGCAAACGGGCAGAACGUAUUGACAACAAACUUUGAAACAUACACCCUCAUAUUGCAACUGGGACAUAUCUUGCGUAGCGUGCGAACCUGGCGGCGGGUGUACGCUAUUCGUGUCAUGGUGUUUGUGGAGUAUGAGCACGAAGUGGACGAGGAAAGCGCACGAGUCAAGACACUCCUAGAGAAGCUACGCAUCGACGCCCAUGUCUUGGUUUUUUGCUUGGCAUCUGCCAAUCUGAAUACCUAUGAGCUCAUUGUUAACGGCGAAACCAAGGACGAUGAUACGGAGAUUGUUGUAGCCGAAGCAUUGAGGGACGAAGGGUGGUGGGAGGACUUGCAGGGACUACGCAGGCAAACAGGAGGCCUCUCGGCAAGUCAGGAGCUUUCGCAGUUGGCUCACAUUCUAGAUGCCGCUGGAAAUGUUGGUUACAAUCCCCAUGAGGAAAAUGGCGGCCAUCGUCGACGCCAGAGCAUGGCCGAGGUCAUGGAGAUGCCUCGCCGGCCGAACAUUGCCAGGCUUUUCAAACUCGGCGUCAACAUGGGAAUCCAUACGACGCAUAUCAACGAUGAAGUUCUGCUGGAUUCCUCGUCCGAUGCAGAUACCGACACUGACACGGGGGAAUCUUCCGACGAUGAGGCAUAUAGCAUGAGACACGAUUGUCCUCUCUUGGUGGCAGGGCGUGAAGGCAGAGGCCCAGCAUCCCAUGGUUUGCGUCGGCCGACGACACAAGCCGACAGGCAAUCGAGUUACCCGGCGCAGACAAUAGCAAGCGCGAAAUAUGGACGAGGGAGAAAGCCAGGGAGCGUUGAUACGGCAACCACGCGUCUCUCGUAUGGCACAAUGUCGGCCUCGCAAACAAUAGCACCAGCCAUUCCAGAAACCGCAGCGGCGUCGCAUGUCCCAGGAAUGGCCAAGACGGGAGUGGAAACGCCGGAAGAAGCAGGAGCAAAGGAAAGCUCCCACAUGGAAUCCUUUCCCACCCUGAACCCCCUUCACUGUUCGGAACCCACAUCCGCAAGUCCUGGACGAUCACGCUCCACGAGCCCCCCCAGAGGUGACGGGCUCGUAUCAAGAGACGACAACGCGACACCGACGACGCGACCCAGCAUCUCGCGACAGCUGUCCGCCGCCCGCUUCUCCAGCCGACCUGUUCCGGAAACGAAAAUCACCGCCGAGGCAGAGGGCUCGUCCAAAAUCAGUUUCGCACCGUGCGCGUCCAACCCCCCUACCCCGAGGGCAGCAGACCGGCCCGCCUUUUCAAGACAAUCCUCGCUCGGCAAGUUUUCCAGCCGUCCGCUACCGGAGACCAAAGUCAGCGGAGAGGAGGGCGCAAGGACGAUGUCUUUUGCUCAACGGCCCGCGGACCAUUCGCGUCAGAACUCGCAGUUGUCGACGGCAGGCCAGGACCGGCCGCACGGGCGUCCGCAGCACGGUCGCGCGACGGCGGAGUCGGCAGCGUCUCCGGUUUCAGACGCCGGCGGCGGCGGCGGCGGCGUCGCCCUCUCGUUCAACGACCUCCCCAGCCGGGCCCAGCACCUCAUCCUGAACGAGCUGAUGUGCAGAAACUCCAGGGACUCGGCGGUCCUCAUGACCACGUUGCCCAUACCGUGCGAAGGCACCAGCCUUGACGAAGUCUCCACCGUGCAGUAUCUCUCGGACGUGGAGGUUCUGUGCAAGGGCCUGCCGCCUACGCUGAUGGUUUUGAGCAACAACCUGACUGUGACGGUGAAUCUGUAA